AACUACAUCUAAUCCGAACCUAUAUCAGAGCUAACAAAAUGCAUCAAAAGACGACGUACACCAAGAGCAGAAUGUGUUUAGAGCUGAUUAUACGCCAGGUGUGAUAGAAACACAACUCCAGCCCCAAUAGAUUAGCAUUGGAGGUGCCGUGUGCUCAUCAGGCAACAUGAAGUUCACGCUGAUUAUAGCCAGAUUGAAUUUCUUGGCCGUCGUUCUGCUUUCACUGGUCUAUUGCUCUCAGCAAGCAAGCACUAAUUGUUAUGAUAACCACGACGGAUUUAAUGCCAUUAUUAAUAAUCUGCCAAGUGAUCCGGGCAGCGCAAUCGAUACGCUUGGCACAUUGGCCCAGGCGCCGCCAAUGACAACGAAUCCGCCGAUUGACGCCUCCGUCUGGAAGUGUUGCUGCUGGGAAGCAACUAAUCACAACGAGUUCGAGUGCCGAUGCGAGGGCGAAGCGUUGACGCGCGUGCCCCAAACUUUGAAGCUGCCGCUGCAAAGGCUCACAAUUGCAUCCGCCGGACUGCCGCGCCUGCGGUCAAUGGGCCUGAAAGUGUACGCCCCAACUCUAUUGGAUGUUGCUUUUAUAGACUGCUUGCAGCUGGAGACCAUCCAGAGCGGAGCGUUCUCUAAUCUAACGGUUCUGCGUGCCAUCUACAUUUCGAAUGCCCCAAAAUUAAGCUACCUGGCCAAAAAUGUGUUUGAGGGCAUUUCCGAUACCAUUGAAAUCAUACGGAUCAUAAAUAGUGGAUUAAAAACUGUGCCAGAUCUGGGAGAUUUACCGCCCUAUAAUAUACUGCAAAUGAUAGAUCUCGAUAACAAUCAAAUUUCCCGAAUCGAUUCCAAAUCCAUUCAAGUGAAGACUGCACAACUUGUUUUAGCAAACAAUGAAAUAACUUUUAUUGAUGACUCUGCAUUUCUGGGCUCGAAAAUAGCAAAGCUUUCAUUAAACGAUAAUCACAAACUUACCGAAAUUCACCCGAAUGCAUUCAAUGGCAUCAUAGACAUGACAGAACUUGAUCUCUCGAGCACAUCGCUUGUCCGCCUGCCCUCAGCUGGACUGCAGACUCUAGAAGUAUUAUACAUAGCCAAUACGCACACCUUGAAGACAAUACCUUCCAUAUACAACUUUCAGAACCUACAGAGAGCUCACUUGACCCACUCGUUUCACUGCUGCGCCUUUCAAUUCCCGUCGAGGCAUGAUCCCCAGAGGCACGCCCAACGCGUGCAGGAAGUGGAGAAAUGGAGGGAUCAAUGCAAGGGCACCCGAGAUGUGCAUACAAACUAUGAAAGAAGCUUGAGCAUGAAUAAUCUCACGCCAUUGGCGAAUGUGUCGGAGGUGCAGCCUAGUGGCGCCACUAUAAACAACCUACUUGGGGCAUCUACGCCCAACACGUACGACUAUAUGGCUGAUUCCGUAUUGAACAACAUUGGCAUAUUCCACGAGGAGAUAACAAUAAACCCCGACGAUGAUCAGCUGGCUGAGUAUUGCGGUAACUUCACAUUUAGAAAGCCCCAUGUAGAGUGUUAUCCCAUGCCCAAUGCCCUAAACCCCUGUGAAGAUGUCAUGGGCUAUCAAUGGCUGCGAAUCGCGGUUUGGAUUGUGGUUGCCUUGGCCAUAGUUGGCAACGUCGCAGUUCUCACUGUAAUACUCUCAAUUAAGUCGGAGAGUCCGUCAGUGCCCCGCUUCCUCAUUUGCCAUCUUGCAUUUGCGGACCUGUGCCUGGGUCUCUACCUGCUGCUCAUUGCCUCCAUCGAUGCGCAUUCAAUGGGCGAGUAUUUCAACUAUGCCUUCGACUGGCAGUACGGCUUGGGCUGCAAGAUAGCUGGAUUUCUGACCGUCUUCGCCAGCCACUUGUCGGUGUUUACCCUGACUGUCAUCACGAUUGAACGCUGGUUCGCCAUCACGCACGCCAUGUAUCUAAAUAAACGCAUCAAGUUACGGCCAGCUGCCGUCAUUAUGCUAAUGGGCUGGAUCUACUCCAUCGUAAUGUCCUCGCUGCCCUUGCUCGGCAUAAGCAAUUACUCAUCGACUAGCAUCUGCCUGCCGAUGGAGAAGCGCGACAUAUACGAUUCCAUAUAUCUGGUCUUGAUCUUGGGCUGUAAUUUCCUUGCCUUCACGAUUAUCGCCAUUUGCUAUUCGCAAAUUUAUCUGUCGCUCGGCCAGGAGACGCGACGGGCGCGUCAGAACCAUCUGGGCGAGAUGAGUGUGGCCAAGAAGAUGGCACUUCUAGUCUUCAUCAAUUUCAGUUGUGGCGCUCCAAUUGCAUUCUUUGGUCUCACCGCAUUAGCCGGCUACCCGCUGAUCAAUGUAACAAAGUCGAAAAUCUUACUAGUAUUCUUCUAUCCCCUGAAUUCAUGUGCGGAUCCUUACUUAUAUGCCAUCCUAACAUCUCAGUAUCGGCAGGAUUUGCUAACACUGUUGUCAAAAUUCGGUCUCUGUCGUCAAAGAGCUCUCAAGUACAAGCAUUCCGACUCGAUGCAUGGCACCUCACACUACACCAUUCGCGGCUCCAUUGAACGGGAGCACUCCGUUGGCCAAAAGUGUCAGAAAAUUGUGGCUGCCGAGGCGCAAAACAUGCUCCGGAAUAAUGAGGAUUAUGUGUAAUAGCAC